CCGGGGAGCCGCGCCCGGAGCGGGGCAGCCCGCAGACACCCGGACCGCGGCCGGGUCGUGGCUGAAGGAGGCCCCGGGGGCGGUGGCCCGAUUGGCGGGUUCGAAUCCAGGCGCUGGUGCUUUGGGAGGUGCGCUCUGCCCUCGGGCCGUGGUGGUCGGAUACAUUUGGGGAGCACCUGCCGAAGGCGGCGUACACGCGACUUCUGCGCUCGGGAUCGCUCACAGUGGUCCGGUGUCACUGGACAGCUCUGUGACCCCAUUUUUCAGAGCAGGAAACCGGGGCUGAAGGAGCUUACCCAAGGUCACAGCUCGUGAGCGCCAGAGGCAGAGGCCAAGGCCGCGCUGCCCUCCUCCAGCAUCUGUGCUCCUGACUUUUGCAGCCUCCCCCAAGCCCCCGGUGAACUUGUGUGGCCCCGGCGUCUUCAGGAGCGUAUUGAUAUUUCCCGGGGUGGGGAGAGGCGUAACAGAAUUCACACCAAAGGUGCUGCCCCACGAGUGAAGGGCUGUCAAGACCAUAUGUGAUCCAUAGGCGUGCAUACCUGCUCUAAAUGCCGUCUGUUUCCUCUAGGGUUUGGAUUGCGGGCAGCAUGGUUGGACUGGUUGCACUGACAGGAACCCAGAGACUGAAUGUGUCUCUCUGUGAAGCUCCCAGACAGUGAGAGCAGCCAAGCUGGAGCCCAAAGUCAGGGGUUCUGAAUCCCAGCUGCGGCCUCCCUGCACCGACCAUGAGUCUGAGCCGCUUGCUUUGGAGGAAGGUGGCCAUGGCCACCACCGGCAGGCCAGGCCCGGUUCCAGCUCCGGGACGCUGGGUCUCCAGCUCUGUCCACAUCCCCGACCCUGUCCCCAACGAAGGGGAACCGCCUUCGCCGCAAGUGCCAUCCUCGGAGGGCGGGCAGCUGCGGUACAAUCCCUUGCACAUCCAGAUGCUGUCAAGGGGGCUGCACGAGCAGAUCUUCGGACCCGGAGCGGAGGGACCCGGAGCGGAGGGACCCGACGAGGACGCGGUGCGCCGCAGCAUCGAGCACCUGGAGCAGCACGGGCUCUGGGGGCAGCCGGCCACGCCCUUGCCAGAUGUGGAGCUGCGCCUCCCGCGCCUCUACGGGGGCGACCUGGACCAGCACUUCCGCCUCCUGGCCCAGAAGCAGAGCCUGCCCUACCUGGAGGCGGCCAACCUAUUGCUGCAGGCGCAGUUGCCCCCGCAGCCCCAGAGCUGGGCCUGGGCGGAGGGCUGGACCCGCUACGGCCCAGAGGGGGAGGCCGUCCCCGUGGCCGUCCCCGAGGAGCGGGCCCUGGUGUUCGACGUGGAGGUCUGCUUGGCAGAGGGAACUUGCCCCACGUUGGCGGUGGCCAUAUCCCCCUCGGCCUGGUAUUCCUGGUGCAGCCGGCGGCUGGUGGAAGAGCGUUACUCUUGGACCAGCCAGCUGUCGCCGGCUGACCUCAUCCCCCUGGAGGUCCCUGCCAGUGCUGGUGGCCCCACCCAGCGGGAUUGGCAGGAGCAGUUGGUGGUGGGGCACAAUGUCUCCUUCGACAGAGCCCACAUCAGGGAGCAGUACCUAAUUCAGGGCUCCCACAUGCGCUUCCUGGACACCAUGAGCAUGCACAUGGCCAUCUCGGGCCUGAGCAGCUUCCAGCGCACUCUGUGGAUGGCGGCCAAGCAGGGCAGGCACAAGGCCCAGCUCUCCGCACAGAGAGCUCAGAAGUCCCAGCGGAAAGCCAGCGGCCCAGUGAUUUCGUCCUGGGACUGGGUGGAAAUGAGCAGCGCCAACAAUCUGGCCGACGUGCACAGCCUGUACGUGGGGGGGCCUCCCUUAGAGAAGGAGCCUCGGGAACUGUUUGUUAAGGGGAGCAUGAAGGAUAUCCGGGAGAACUUCCAGGCCCUGAUGCAGUACUGUGCCCAGGAUGUGUGGGCCACUCACGAGGUUUUCCAGCAGCAGCUUCCCCUCUUCUUGGAGAGGUGUCCCCAUCCAGUGACUCUGGCUGGCAUGCUGGAGAUGGGUGUUGCCUACCUGCCAGUCAACCACAACUGGGAAAGGUACCUGGCAGAAGCACAGAGCACCUAUGAUGAGCUGCAGCGCGAGAUGAAGAAAUCGCUGAUGGAUCUGGCCAAUGAUGCCUGCCAGUUGCUCUCAGGAGAGAGGUACAAGGAUGACCCCUGGCUCUGGGACCUGGAGUGGGAGCUGCAGGAAUUCAAGCAGAAGAAGGCAAAGAAGGGGAAGAAGAAUGAGUUGGUCUCAGCCAGCAAGUCGCCCACCGCGGGGGCUGGUGCCCCUGAGAAUCCCAUGGAUCAGGAAGACCCUGGCCCACCCACUGAGGAGGAGGAGUGUCAGCGAGAUGUCAUGGCCCGUGCCUGCUUGCAGCAACUUAAGGACACCACAGAGUCCCUGCCCAAGCGGCCCCAGCACCUUCCUGGCCACCCAGGGUGGUACCGGAAGCUUUGUCCUCGGCUAGAUGACCCUGCCUGGACCCCAGGCCCCAGCCUCCUCAGCCUGCAGAUGAGGAUCACACCUAAACUCAUGGCCUUGACCUGGGAUGGCUUCCCUCUGCACUACUCAGAGCGACAUGGCUGGGGCUACCUGGUGCCUGGGAGGCAGGACAAUCUGGCUAAGGAGCCAGCGAGCAGCAGCAGCCAAGAGUUGGAAGGGGUGCCCUGCCCCUAUAGAGCAAUCGAGUCCCUGUACAGGAAACACUGUCUGGAACAGGGGAAGCAGCAGCCCCAGGAGGCAGGCCUGGCCGAGGAGUUCGUGCUCACUGACAGCAGUGCUAUGUGGCAGACGGUGGAAGAACUGGGCUGCUUGGACGUGGAGGCAGAGCCCAGGAUGGAGAAUGUUGGCACUGUGGUGUCAGGCCAGCCCCCAGCUCUGACUGCUGUUGGUGGCUGCAAAGCCAACCAGCCCACCUGUCACCACGGCAACGGACCUUACAACGACGUGGACAUCCCUGGCUGCUGGUUUUUCAAAUUGCCUCACAAGGAUGGUAACAGCUACAAUGUGGGCAGCCCUUUUGCCAAGGACUUCCUGCCCAAGAUGGAGGACGGCACCCUGCAGGCUGGCCCAGGGGGAGCCAGUGGGCCCCGGGCCCUGGAAAUCAACAAGAUGAUCUCUUUCUGGAGGAAUGCCCAUAAGCGCAUCAGCUCCCAGAUGGUGGUGUGGCUGCCCAGGUCAGCUCUGCCCCGUGCUGUGACCAGGCACCCCAACUAUGAUGAGGAAGGCCACUACGGGGCCAUCCUGCCCCAGGUGGUGACUGCUGGCACCAUUACCCGACGGGCUGUGGAGCCCACGUGGCUCACUGCCAGCAACGCCAGGCCUGAUCGAGUGGGCAGUGAGCUGAAAGCAAUGGUGCAGGCUCCGCCUGGCUAUGUGCUCGUGGGUGCUGAUGUGGACUCCCAGGAGCUGUGGAUUGCAGCUGUGCUAGGAGACGCUCACUUCGCUGGCAUGCAUGGCUGCACAGCCUUUGGCUGGAUGACACUGCAGGGCAGGAAGAGCAGGGGCAGUGAUCUUCACAGUAAGACAGCCACCACUGUGGGCAUCAGCCGCGAGCACGCCAAAGUCUUCAACUAUGGCCGCAUCUAUGGGGCUGGGCAGCCUUUUGCUGAGCGCCUGCUGAUGCAGUUCAACCACCGGCUUACACGGCAGGAGGCAGCCGAGAAGGCCCAGCAGAUGUAUGCGGUCACCAAGGGCCUCCGCCGGUACCGGCUGUCAGAUGAGGGCGAGUGGCUGGUGAGGCAGUUGGAUCUGUCUGUGGACAAGACUGAAGAUGGCUGGGUUUCCCUGCAGGAUCUGCGCAAGAUCCAGAGAGAAGCUUCGAAGAAGUCACACAGGAAAAAGUGGGAUGUGGUUGCUGAACGAGCAUGGAUGGGGGGUACAGAAUCAGAAAUGUUCAAUAAGCUGGAGAGCAUUGCCAUGUCUAAGACACCACGUACCCCGGUGCUAGGCUGCCGCAUCAGCCGAGCCCUGGAGCCCUCAGCUGUCCAGGGGGAGUUUAUGACCAGUCGUGUGAACUGGGUGGUACAGAGCUCUGCUGUGGAUUACUUGCACCUCAUGCUUGUGGCCAUGCGGUGGCUGUUUGAAGAGUUUGCUAUUGAUGGACGCUUCUGCAUCAGCAUCCAUGACGAGGUUCGCUACCUGGUGAGGGAAGAGGACCGCUAUCGCGCUGCCCUGGCCCUGCAGAUCACCAACCUCCUGACCAGGUGCAUGUUUGCCUACAAGCUGGGUUUGCGUGACUUGCCCCAGUCAGUGGCCUUUUUCAGUGCUGUUGAUAUUGAUCGGUGCCUCAGGAAGGAAGUGACCAUGGAUUGUAAAACCCCUUCCAACCCCACUGGGAUGGAAAGAAGAUACGGGAUUCCCCAGGGUGAAGCACUGGAUAUUUACCAGAUAAUUGAACUCACCAAAGGCUCCUUGGAGAAACGAAGCCAGCCUGGACCCUAACUGCCCGGAGACGCCUCUGAAUUUGCUCCUGUGGAGCUUCAUAGAGGUGGCGCACAUUCCCAAACUCGGGCUUUCAGCUAUGCUUUUUACGAAAGGCUUGCCCUACGCCAGGCAUUUUCUCACAUCAGGACCCAUCAAGAAGAUUCCUUUAAGUGAAGAUGCAGCUGAGUUUAAAACCAAGAUGCCAACUUUGGUUUAGGUUGUAGGACAAGUGGCACUGUUGCUUGCUGGGCAAAGAGGAAGCAGGAGCCUCACAGUUCACACUAGUUAACUCGGGAAUUUAUUUUUUCUGUUUCUUCCUGGGUGGUUCUUUCUUCUGUCCCUCCUGCUCAGAUGCAGUGCCCUAGAAAAGGUAGAGAAGUCAGCGCUUACAUGAUAAAUCUGAGGCAGCAGGGAUGGUCAUUAAAACAAAUCAAAACAAAAACCUUACCUUACCAUCAAAGCCUGUGUUAGUCAUGCUUUCUCCCCAUUCCUACUCAGGGGAUGUAAUUAUGUUGGAAAAAGGUAGUGCCGACUCUGUCCCUUGGGACUUUUAUCAUACUGACAAGAGUCAUACAUAGCACAGGACGACACUGAAGGAGCCUCGGGCAUCAGACUGAGGCCUGACCCUCCUGAACUCCGACCCCAAGUAGGUGAAGGGAGUAGACAGGGCUGGGGCAUUAGGCCCUGGAGUGUGUGUCCAGAAACCAUAAAUCAAAGGUGCCUUAUGUAAACUUCCAAUUUUGAAACAGGGAUAGGCCAUCUUUUUGGCUGCUUGUAUCUUAGACAAAAUGAGAAUUUUUAUGUGCCAGGAAAAGAAACAUUAGGGCUCCGCUUCAAAAUGGGAAGACUAGCAGGUCAGGAUGAGGCCAGAGGAAAAGGGGGCCGAGAAGCUGGCGUGCACUGAACUGGCAAGGCCUGGCCAAGUCAAGAGGCUCUGCCGCGAAUAAGGGCAUGGAACAACGGAAAACUGAUACCGAGGACCCACACCAGGACUAUUAUGUCAUCACCCUCCACCUGGAAAUGUCUGCCCAAAAUGUGUGCAGCCUGGACAACUUCAUAGAAUUCAAAGUUUUCAUCUUUGCUUGACCAGCCUUAGCCUUUCCAUGUCUGCAGCUGCCUCCGGACAGGCUAUCAACAGCCUGCUCAGCAAGUGGCUGGGGCAUCCUGCGCUCUGGGCAGCAGGUACUGACCUCUUCGUCUUCGUCCUCCCCAUCCUCCCGGAGGACCAUGUCCAGGAUGUUCCCUUUGAUCUUGAAGUCUCGUGAAGUGCUGAGCUUCAUGUGCUGCAUCAGGUUCACCUGUGACAGGAAAGGAACAGCUCACUCGUGGGUGGUGCUGGGGCACCCCAAGCCAUUUUUAGAGUACUCAUGACACACUCUUCAGUUCCUAUUUAAAGCAGGCACAAUCCCAGUCAGCCCCUCUCCCCAAAUUUCCUAUGUGAUAUUUAGACUCAGGCCCUUGGAUCAGAUAUAGCCAAGGCAAUGGACUGCAGAUAGAAAUGAUGACAGAUAAUUGUUUACCUUGGAUUUCUUAGAAAGCUGGAUCAGAAAUUUUUCAUACUGUUCAAUGGCAAAGAUGAGAUUGGGGAUUGGCUUGGUUUCCCGAAGAACUCUGGCCUAUGGACAAAGAGAAGACUUCAAAGUUCAUAUUUGGUAGUUCUUGCAGUUUUUCUCUGAAGCUAGUAUAGAACUGCACAUGGGUUUGGGAAGAAAAUUAGCCU